CAUCAUACCUCAUGCUGUCCUGCCCCAGCAAACUCCAAGGUCCAACUUUAGAGUUAGUGAUCCGUCCCAGCCAGAGAUAGUUCUUUCCGACCAGGUCAGCAGCUUGGUAACUGAACACAUCGAUAAAGAUGGGAGACUGGGGAUUCCUGUCAGGCCUGCUGGACAAGGUCCAGUCCCACUCCACAGUCAUCGGGAAGAUCUGGAUGAGCGUCCUCUUCCUGUUCAGGAUCAUGGUUCUGGGUGCAGGUGCUGAGAGCGUCUGGGGCGACGAGCAGUCGGGUUUCGUCUGUAACACUCAACAACCUGGUUGUGAGAACGUCUGCUACGAUUGGACCUUCCCCAUCUCGCAUAUUCGCUUCUGGGUCCUCCAGAUCAUCUUCAUCUCCACGCCGACGCUGGUCUACCUGGGCCACGCCGUGCACGUCAUCCACAAGGAGAACAAGAUGAGGGAGCAGCUGUUGAGCCCAGGUGGGAGCCGGCUGCAGAAACAGCCCAAAUACACGAACGAAAAGGGAAAGGUGAAGAUCAAGGGGAACCUGCUGGGGAGCUACCUGACCCAACUCGUGUUCAAGAUCAUCAUCGAGGCUGGCUUCAUAGUGGGCCAGUACUACCUGUACGGCUUCAUCAUGGUCCCCAUGUUCCCCUGCUCUCAGAAGCCCUGUCCAUUCACAGUGGAGUGCUACAUGUCCCGACCCACAGAGAAGACCAUCUUUAUCAUCUUUAUGCUGGUGGUGGCCUGCGUCUCUCUGUUUCUCAACUUCCUUGAGGUGUUCUACCUGAUUUGUACCAGGGUCAGAUGCGGGUCUAAACCUCGCUCUCACAAGAUCACUUCGCCAGAAAACCCUGCCAGCCUGUCAACUCCCAGGUGGCCGACAACAGAGGAAGCGCUCAAGCAGAACAAGAUGAACAUUGAGCUAGAGGGCAGCCAGAGUAUCGGUGGAAGCCUUGAUGGAGCCAAAGAGGAGAAACGACUACUGAGUGAUCAUUAAAAAAAACACUGCUCUAACCAUUAUAAUGUUUUAAAUGUUGGUUUCAGAUUGCUGCCCUCCUUGUUCAAAUACAUCUAAGAGGCUGAAGUGACGAGUUCUUGCAAAGUUCUGUAAAAAUCAUGACAGAGUAUCAAGAGGGAGCUUCAUCACUGUGUACUAAAGUCAUAUUCUUGCGGAGAAAAGUCUGCAUAAAUCUGAAUUUUUUAGGGCCACAUUGUUGGAAUUUUACAUUUAUUUUGUAUUAUUUAACAGGAAAUCUAAUAAUGGAAAGCGUGCACUAUUGAAAAUGUAUUUAUGUUCUUCAAUACUCAUUCGUUAAUGUUUUAGUGAGCCUACGCCUAGUUUUUGAAUAUGUCCUGUAAAUUAUUGCCAUGUUCAAUAUCAAGGACUUGAAAUAUUUUGCUCACUGAAUGUUUUAGAUGAUGUUGAUGAUGAUUGUGGUGAAAAGUUCCUACUGUACAUGGUAGACAUUUUUGUGUUCUGUAUUAUUUUUAAUAAAUGAUUCAAGUUUAAGAUAUAAAAA